AUGGCGGACGACAUGGGAUGGGCUGACGUGGGCCACCACUCGGACCACAUCCUGACCCAAACAUCGACACAUUGGCCGCCGAUGGCGUCUAGCGGUGCCCUACUCACCGGUAGACAUCCCAUGCAUUUGGGCUUUCAAAAUAUAGCACUAUUGCCUUUUAUGGCCACUGGUUUUCCCCUACACUUUAAAUUAUUACCACAAUAUCUGAAGCAUUAUAAUUACGCCACACAUAUAGUGGGCAAAUGGCAUUUAGGUUUUAUGAACCGUGAAUACACGCCUACAUACCGAGGCUUUGACUCGCACGUGGGUUAUUGGACUAACAGGCAGUUCUAUUUCAAUCAUACCAAUUGUGACCCAUAUGACAGAGUCGGUUGUGGCUAUGACUUCCGACAUAACAUGGAUGUCAUUACAAACGCGUCGGGAGUUUAUUCAACACAUUAUUUCACCGACAGAUGCCUUCAUAUCAUCGACCUGGGUUAUAUAUUUAGUAAACUAUCAUAUUUUGUCAUUACCUCAGAUGAGCACAACACAUCUGAGCCACUGUUCCUAUAUAUGCCACACCAGGCCAUACACGUGUCGGCUAAUAAGUUGCCGGUGGAGGCGCCCCAGGAGUACAUCGAUAUGUUUGCGUACAUCGAGUCCGAUAUGAGGCGAGGGUUGGCCGCCGCGGCCUACAGUAUGGACGAGUCGAUCGGUGCGGUUGUCGAGCGCCUACACUCGAGACAAAUGUUGGAAAACAGUAUUAUUAUAUUUAUGAGCGAUAAUGGGGGCACCACUGGCACUCAUUUCGCAAACGGUGGAUCUAAUUGGCCGCUAAGGGGAAUGAAAAUGGAAUAUUAUGAGGGAGGUAUAAGAGUUCCGGCGUUCAUAUGGAGUCCAUUGUUGAACAAAAGUGGUUACGUGUCGGACGCUAUGAUUCACGUGACAGACAUAUUGCCCACCAUUUUAGAUGCCGUCCAUAACAGCACCGGCAUAUUGAAUGAGCAAUUUAUUUACGUCCAUUGA